UCUUGUCAGGGCAGAGAAGCAAAAGCUUCAGUUCAUUUUAAUGUCCCAUACAGACACCCGGAGGUGAGUGUCCCUCUGUAGAGGACCCUGUCCUGUCCCUCCAUAGAGAAGUCUGUCCCUCCUCUCCUGUUCCGCUUGGGACUGACGGCUGACUCCCCGCUGGGUGGUGCCAGCAGAGCCGGGUCUCCGACCUGAGCAGCAGGAAGUGUCUCUCAGCUGGAGACAUGCACUCCUUUCUGUUGCUCCUUCUAACUUUCUUCUCCUGUCGGAGCGGAGGGGACCGGCUCUUCAAUGGAAACCCGCUGUACCAGAACCAGGACCAGGACCAGGACUUGGACCUGGACAUGGACCUGUCGGCGGUGCUUCACCGGGUGGACCCCCGCUUUUUGUCCGUCACUAUCGACGCCAGUCUGGCGUCAGAGGAGAGGUUCAUGCUGCUGUUGAGGUCUCAGAGGAUCCGGACUCUGGCCACGGCUCUCAGUCCAGCCUUUUUGAGGUUCGGGGGAACCAAGCAGGACUUCAUGGUGUUCAGUCCUCAGAGGAGCCAGCAGCUGGAUCCAGGUGAGUCCUGCAGCAGUGUCCGGCUGCCCUGGUGGCUGGAGCAGAGGCUGAAGCAGGACUGGGCCCAGCAGCAGCUCGUCCUCACCAAGGAGGAGCAGCAGAACCAGUACAACCGGGUCCACUUCACGGAGCUCACCGUGGACCUGCUGCACUCCUUCAGCAGCUGCUGCGGCCUGGAUCUCAUCUUCGGCCUGAACGCGCUGCUCCGUACGGCAGACAACAGCUGGAACAGCAGCAACGCCCACUCUCUGCUGCGCUACUGCGACUCCAAACAAUACGAGAUGUCCUGGGAGCUGGGAAACGAGCCAAACAGCUUUGAGAAGAAGGCUGGGAUCCGUGUGGAUGGAAAUCAGCUGGGAGUCGAUUUCACCCGUCUCAGAAAGAUGAUGUCAGAGUUCAAACUCUACCGGGACGGCGGGCUGUUCGGACCCGAUGUGGGCCAGCCGCGGGACCGCAGGGCGGAUCUGCUGGAGAGCUUCCUGCAGAGUGGAGCCAAGGCCAUCAACGCCUGUACCUGGCACCAUUACUAUGUGAACGGCAGAGACACUUCACUAGAGGAUUUUCUAGAUCCUGAAGUUCUGGACACUCUGGCUUUGAAAACCAACGAAGUUCUGGAGAGAGUACGGCAGGAGUCUCUGAGGAAACCGGUGUGGCUCGGAGAGACGAGCUCGGCCUACGGAGGCGGCGCGCGGGGACUGUCAGACGCCUUCGUCUCUGGAUUCAUGUGGCUGGAUAAGUUGGGCCUGGGAGCCAGGCUGGGCCUGGAUGUGGUGAUGAGGCAGGUGCUGGUCGGCGCCGGGAGCUACCAUAUGAUCGAUGACGACCUGGAUCCCCUCCCGGAUUACUGGCUGUCGCUCCUCUACAAGAGACUCGUCGGACCGGAGGUGUUGAAGCUUCAGCUCGUUUCUGAUUCCGGCAGAAGUAAACGAGUGAGACUCUAUCUGCACUGCGCCAACAGGAAGAGUUACCCCGGCGGAGCCGUGGUGCUGAUAUGGAUGAACCUGAGCAGGAAGCCAGUGAGGAUCUCACUUCCUGCCCUCGUCUCCAGCAGCACAGUGGACGCUUUUGUCCUCCAGUCCAACCAGCCGGGGGAGGAGGGACUGCAGUCCAGGAAUCAGUCUGCUGAUUAGAAUGAACUCUUUCACCACUUCACCUGUCCUGAUGAUCCGAAUGAACUGACAUGAAGCCGCCAGAACAGAAAUAACAACUAUAAGACAGAAGAAGAUGAGGCAUUUUUCAGCACCCACCUCUCGCUCCAUCCUACUUCCAGGGCAGAGUCUGUGUGGAAACAGUUGGGACGGGGUGGAUGUGAAUCCCACAGUGUGUGUGUGCACUGAUGCAUAGAAAAGCAAUGAGAACACAAAGGACACAAACACACCAGGCUGAUGCUGCUUGACCUCUGCUUUCAGCCACAUUGCUGAUGUCAGCAAAACUAAGGCUUUUGUGUUUGUCUGAGAGCGCCAUCUAAUGGUGGACUGUAGCGUUCAUGUAGGGAUAAGGUAUGAGCGUGAGUAGGGUGACAUCUAGUGGUGAAAGGGACAAAGUGGCCAUAUAAACUUUGAGGGCUUUAGAGAAAGUUACUGAGGCUGAUGCACCAACCUUAUUAUAAGCAGAAUUUCAGUAAACAUGACAGUCUGGCUCUUUGUGGACUAUUGGAGCUCUGCUUGAUUCUCACCGCCCUUGCCUGCGUAGUACAAUGAGUGUGUUC